UAAUAGACAUCUUCCAUUCCAUUUUGAAGCUAAGGCUUAUAAACAAGAGAAAGAGAGAAUAUGGGUUCAAAAUCCGAAACCGUUUGCGUUACCGGAGCUGCUGGUUUCAUCGGUUCAUGGCUUAUCAUGAGACUCCUCGAGCGUGGCUACACCGUUCGAGCCACCGUACGCGACCCAGCUAACAUGAAGAAGGUGAAGCAUUUGCUGGAUCUGCCACAAGCAAAGACACAUCUAUCUCUAUGGAAGGCUGAUCUUGCUCAUGAGGGAAGCUUUGAUGAAGCCAUUAAAGGCUGCACUGGAGUUUUCCACGUCGCCACCCCCAUGGACUUUGAGUCCAAGGACCCUGAGAAUGAAGUGAUAAAGCCAACAAUAAAUGGAUUACUAGACAUCAUGAAAGCAUGCGAGAAGGCCAAAACUGUGCGAAGGCUUGUAUUCACAUCCUCAGCAGGAACUGUGGACGUUGUAGAACAUCCUAAGCCUGAGUACGAUGAGAAUUGCUGGAGUGAUGUUGAGUUCUGCAGAAGGGUCAAAAUGACUGGCUGGAUGUACUUCGUUUCAAAGACCCUUGCAGAGCAAGAAGCAUGGAAAUUUGCAAAAGAGCAUAACAUAGACUUCGUUUCAGUGAUUCCACCCCUUGUGGUUGGCCCCUUUCUUAUGCCAACGUUGCCACCUAGCUUAAUCACUGCUCUUUCACUCAUCACAGGAAAUGAGUCACAUUACCAUAUCAUAAAGCAAGGCCAGUUCGUUCACCUAGAUGACCUUUGUCUUGGUCAUAUAUUCCUGUUCGAGAAUCCAAAAGCUGAAGGAAGGUACAUAUGCUCCUCACACGAGGCAACCAUUCAUGACAUUGCAAGACUGCUUAACAAAAUAUACCCACAGUACAAUGUCCCUACAAAGUUCAAGAAUAUUCCAGAUGAAUUGGAAAUUAUCAGAUUUUCUUCAAAGAAGAUCACAGACUUGGGCUUCAAAUUUAAGUACAGCUUAGAGGAUAUGUUCACAGGGGCCGUUGAAACCUGCAUAGAAAAAGGGCUUCUUACUAAACCUGCAGAAACUCCAGUUAGUGGCACCACGCAGAAAUAAAUUAAUUAAUAUGCUUUCAUAUCUCUUUGUCCCUGAUCGAUGAUGUCUUCGGAUUUGUCUUUUCUUUUUCUGUUUAAGUUUUGGCUUUGGCUAUGAGAAUUUACGAAUAUAAUGCCCGUCGUCUAAGUGGCCAAAUAUGUUAACUAUUUUCCUAAUAAUUAGAUGGGAUUGAUAUUCUCCAUUGUUGAUGCUUGUUAUGUGUAUCAUGGUAAAAUAUAAAGCUAGCUAUAGCUGCAUUUUUCAUUGCCUGUUGAUUA